GUCCCGCCCCGUUGUUUUCCGGGACCCGCCGGUGCCCUUCGGGGGAAGCGCCGUUGGUGUCACGUGAGGGGUUUGUUGACUUCCUUGAGCGGGCGGGAGGUCCUGGUAACGGCGUCGUCAGGCCGGGCCCUGGGCGGAGGUGAUGGGAGCCCGGAGGAGACUGCGGCGGCGGCCGCGGCUGCUGCUUCGUCUUCGCUGAGGCCGCCGCCCGCCAGUGACCGGAGUCGAGCGGAUCCCCCGGCAGCUGUCAUGGGUGAGCUGGGAGAAGAUGACAUAUAUAUUUUGAAUCAUGAAAAAGCAGAUGGUAUUCACAGAAGAGAGAGAGAGAUUCCUGUUCCAGCAUAUGCAGGGGAUGAGUCCAUUGCUUCACACUUUGCACUUGUCACUGCUUAUGAAGAUAUCAAAAAACGACUAAAGGAGACAGAGAAAGAGAACUCCUUCUUAAAGAAAAGAGUAAGACUCUUAGAAGAAAAGCUUCUUGGCUCCCGUUUGGAAGAAGAAACAAGCUCAGUUGGACGUGAGCAAGUAAACAAGGCCUAUCAAGCCUAUCGAGAGGCCUGCAUCGACAGAGAUAAUCUGAAAAGCAAACUGGAUAAAACGAUAAAAGAGAAUACAGAGUCCUUCAAAAUCUUGAGUGAGCAGCUGCAGUCUAAAGAAGUGGAGCUCCUACAGCUAAGAACUGAAGUGGAAAUUCAACAAGUGAUGAGGAAUCUAAACUCUACUCCAUCUAGCUGGGAAAUAGAGAAGCUGAAUAGUGACCUGAAAGUUCACAGUCUGGAACAGGAACUAGAAAAGCUGAAAAAGGAAUGCAACAGUCUCAGAAAAGAACUGCAGAAGGACCAGGGUCAGGAAUUAAAUCUGUUAAAUGGAGACCUCCUCCAAAAACAAAAUAUUCAGAGUGAAAAUGUGCAGCAAGCAUACUGGGAACUGAAGAGGGAAAUGUCUAACUUGCACCUGGUGACUGAAAUGCAAGCUGAGGUUCUACGAAAACUGAAAACCCCAACUGCAAUCAAGAAAGCUUCUACUAGUGCACCAGUACAAUGUGUUGAAGACGUGCAGAAGAACCUCACAAAGUUAUAUUUGACUUCUUCUGGGGCAGUCUACAAAAAACCCUCUCUUUCACAAAAUGACAAACUUCUCUGCAAUGCCAUAGCUUCCCCUCUCCCAAGAGAUGUAAAAAUCCUGUCUGAACAGGCAAAUCUCCAGUCAUGGACAGAUGAGAGACCCAUCCAGAUCAGCAGCACAACCUGUCAUGAACAAAACUCGUAUGGAAAGAGCUCUCUGGAAGAUAAUUCCUGGGUGUUCCCAAGCCCUCCAAAACCUAGCGAGACAAUGUUUUGGGAAAUGAAAAAUAAAUCAUCUUUGUCCAACUACCCAAUAGAUUACCUGGAUCAGUGUAAUCAAAACUGCCUGCACAAGAGCUAAGUAGUUCCUGAGACAGACUGGGGCUGAUUCUGAAUAGGUACCUGAGUACUAGAAUUUUUUAAAGAGAAAAAUAGUUUAGCUGAAAUGUGGAGAUAACUACUUUUGUCUUGUUCCAAGAUUGGGGGAGGACCUGAUUACUCGUUGCUGUAAAUCAGGACUAAAUCAAAGGAGCUAUACUCAUAAUACAGGUGUAAGCAAAUCAGAAUCAGCCCCUAAAUGCUUGGUCCUCUUAUACUGAACAUGACACACACUUGCAAAUAUUACACAGACUGAAUAUUGAACUCUUGGACUAAAUCAAAAUAAUCCAGCUCUGCAUUUCAGUUAGCUGUAUGUCCAUAACACUGCUCAUAAAGGCAUUUGGAAUCCUGUGUUAGAAACUUCUUGAAAGCUGUGAGCUUACCUCUGACAGAAGUGUCUUUCAGAUAUAAAACUCUCAGGUAAAGAAUGGAAUUGGAAUGUUGUUUUUACCCCCUCUGGUUUAGGAUAGUCACUGGAUUUAUAAUGUGUGAUAUAUGUCAGGAAGAAAUGGUGAGAUUUAUAAGUUUUUUUCCAAAAUCAUGUUUAUGUAACAUGUAUAAACCAAUACUGCUAGGAUACACUGUUAAGACAGCACUUUUUCUUUGGCCUUACUGUAAGUAUUUAAAGAUCAUAAAUAGAUGCUGCCGAAAGCUGAAAUUCACGGACAUAGUUUUUAUUUGUCUCCACUGACAAAGGAAAUUAAUUGCAUUCUACGCACACUGGUGCCUGUUAUAGAAUCACCCUAACCAAAAUGCAAUGAUCUUUGUGUGCCUCAUAUGUGUAUCACCACAAUCUUCACUUUAACUGUAUCGUUUCUAAGGCCACCAAUAUUUUUUUGUCACAAGAACAGAAGCCUUAACUUGAGCAGCUUGGCUGUUAAGUAUUAGUGUUCGAAAUACACAACCGUGCCAUAUCGAUGGGGUUUUUCUUCUGUUUUGUAGAAAACUAAAGUGUUUCAAAUUAUGAAUUUGCCAACUUUAUACAGUUGUGUCCAUAUACUGAUGUAUGUGGUUAACUGGUAUAAAGACCAAUUUCUCUUUAAACCAAGGAAGCUUCUAGGCCAGAGGUUCUCGAACUUCUGUAUUGGUGACCCCUUUCACACAGCAAGCCUCUGAAUCAGACCCCCCCCCCCAUAAAUUAAAAACACUUUUUUUAUAUUUAACACUCUCUUAUAAAUGCUGGAGGCAAACUGGGGCUUGGGCUGAAGGCUGACAGCUCAUGACCCCUUGGGGGGUCAUGACACCCAGUUUGAGAACCACUGUUCUAGGCAUUUAAGUCUUGCUCUUUGGGAGAGCAGUUUUAGAACUAUUUGGCUUUAUACACCAGGUUUAAAGUGAAAUGGUUGAAAUGUACAAUACUUACAAGGAAAAUCCUACAUUGGGUAUUCAUAUUCUCAGUGAAUAUAAAGUUUAAUUGGAAGUAAAAUGAUUAGUACUGGUAAUUAUUCUCUGUAUACAGGGAACAAGCAUCCAAAUUCACUGGUCUACCUUAAGGUCAAUGUAAAGAAAAAAUGGAUUUCACAACAGUUAAGCAGUAAAAUAUAUAUUAAAAAAAAAAAGCCAGUAACUUCUGUAGGAAAGUUAUGACUGUAAUGCAGCCAUAUCAGUGAUGUACUUUAAAAGUGUGAUGAAAUGUGGGCACUACGUGACUUAUGUGGGUCCACUCACUCCUCCACCUCCCCCCCGCCCAUGCAUUCAGUACUUCAUAUGAUAGCCAUCUCCUUCUUAUGUACUGGACUUUUGUCUAUCUUGAAGUCAAAAGAAUGUCUUUGAUACCAUCUAUUUGAUUAGCAAACAGCAUACAUAAAUAAUAUGCCUACCUUUCACUAGAUAUGUUUUUAUCUUUGUUAUUUUGCUCACGUAUACUGGUUUGUCUGUGAUUAAUGGAAAUAGUGUCAGAUGUUGGAAUUUAUUCUGACCAAUGAACAUGGCUGACUCAAGGGAGUACAAGCUCUUGCAAAGUAAUAGAACAAACCCCAAUAUGCAUAAAACAAAUCCAAGUCACUAGGCUUUAGCUGAUAGAACCAACUACCUAUGUAAUAACAAAGCAGCAGAAACUAUUUCUCAUGUGGCUGCACUAUAUUGUAUCUAGUUCUAAUGUAAUUUACUGGGUUUACUCCCUUGGUUACAAAGAUUUUUGGUAAGUUUUUAAUGUAUUCAACAGCCAUCAACCUGAUUAACAGUUAGAAUUAUGCAAGGAAGGAAUCCUGUUGUUUAAAAUUUUAAAUAAAUUUAUUUUUGUUUGAAAUUGGCUUCACUUAUAAAUCUCUAUGGGCUUUGGCAAGCAUAGUGUUUCCUUUGUUGCUGCUCUCUAAAUUCCUUAUUUUUAGGUUGUGUGCAAAACAGGGAAGAAUUUGAAUCUGAGCACAGAUCAGUGAAAAUAUAAAAGAUUAAAUUCAAGGUCCCUUCUUAGCCCUUAGGAGAAGUGUACACCUCCACAGAUUGUUCUGACAUGUGGAGGAGGAGUAUUCUCCUCCUGGGCACAUGAAAGUAGAUUCUCCCUCUCCUCUUCCAAAAGUGCCCCUUUCCAAUCUUGUCCUACUCUUCACCUUUUUGUAAACAGCUAGGCUGCACUUCAGCAUGAAGCCGCUCUGUUAUCUGUGCAAGGAAGUCCCUGGGCCUAGGCCUCUGCUACAGGUAUGUGCUGAGGAAGGAAAAGCAGCACUAGGUGAGGGGGACUGCUAGAUUCUGACAGAUGAGACAAGGUGGAGCUUGCUGUAGGCUGGAGUUGCAGUCCACUAAUAGCAACAAGCAGCUCUACCAUAACCCUUGAAAAGAGAAGCUCUGGGUUUGGAAUCAUUUGGGAACUGGCCAGUUUCUGAGGUGGGGAGGCAUUUGUUGGGCUAAAGUCUACAAUCAAAUCUUGAUUAAAAAGAGCAAUUUAAAUCA